CAACCACUGGCAGGGUGGCGCAGCGGCUCCUGCGCCGGCCGCCAUCCUCCUCCGACCUUCCAGCUCUCAGCAUCGCCGCUCCGCACUGACUGGUCCCCGCCCCGGCAGCAGCAGGAAGAGGCGGAGGAGGAGGAGGAGGAGGAGGAGGAGGGGAAGAGCCUGCAUGUGUUUCCCCGUUCGGUGAUGCGAUCAGCGGGGAGGCUGUGGCUCAGGAUCCGCUACGUCAGACAGAUUAGUCUAAUAACCUCUUGGGGUAGGAGGACAUACCUCCCCACCACCUCCUCCUCCUCCUCCUCCUCCUCCACCCCUCGGGCUUGCAUGGGUGAGACAGACAGCGCUGACAGGUAGCCAGAAAGCCUGGAGACAACCAAAAAAAAAAAAAAGUGCAGCACUUUUUUUUUCUUCUUUUUUUUUCUUCCUUCCUCUGCUUGGCUGGGGUGAGACUGAGCGCGGUGAUCCUCCAGCGGCGUCUCCUUCAUCUCCUCCUCCGCCGCCGUCCCUCCUUUUUUUUUUUUUUUUCUUUCUCCUCCUUUCCCCACCAGCCCCGGUGCGACAUGGCGAAAGAAAACGGCGAGUCCAGCGACGGCUCGUGGAAAAAGCACGUCGAGGACAUCAAGAACAUCUUCGACUUCAAGGAAGUCCUCGGAACCGGUGCGUUUUCUGAGGUGGUGAUGGCUCGGGAGAAGGCCACCGGAAAGAUGGUGGCGAUCAAGUGCAUCCCCAAGAAGGCGCUCAAGGGGAAGGAGACGAGCAUCGAGAACGAGAUCGCCGUGCUCAGAAAGAUAAAACAUGAGAAUAUUGUGGCUCUGGAGGACAUCUACGAGAGCUCGAAUCACCUGUACCUCAUAAUGCAGCUGGUGUCUGGCGGCGAGCUGUUUGACCGGAUCGUAGAAAAGGGCUUCUACACGGAGAUGGAUGCCAGUCGGCUGAUUCGGCAGGUUCUGGACGCCGUCAACUAUCUCCACUCCAUGGGCAUAGUUCACAGGGACCUGAAGCCUGAGAACCUGCUCUACUUUAGUCCUCAUGAUGAUUCAAAGAUCAUGAUCAGCGACUUUGGCUUGUCCAAGAUGGAGGGCACAGGUGGCGUCAUGGCCACAGCCUGCGGGACCCCAGGAUACGUCGCUCCUGAGGUCCUGGCGCAGAAGCCCUACAGUAAAGCAGUGGACUGCUGGUCCAUUGGGGUGAUUGCUUAUAUCCUGCUCUGUGGCUACCCUCCGUUCUACGACGAGAAUGACUCGAAGCUCUUCGAGCAGAUUCUCAAGGCCGACUACGAGUUUGACGCGCCGUAUUGGGACGACAUCUCAGACUCGGCCAAAGACUUCAUCAGCUGCUUAAUGGAGAAGGACCCUGAGAAGAGAUUUACAUGCGACCAGGCUCUUGAGCACCCCUGGAUUGCCGGAGACACUGCUCUCCGCAAGAACAUACACGAAUCUGUCAGUCGGCAGAUGCGCAAAAACUUUGCCAAAAGCAAAUGGAGGCAAGCGUUCAAUGCGACGGCCGUGAUCCGCCACAUGAGGCGCCUGCAGCUCGGCACCAGCUUCGGCAGCAGCAUCCAGAGCGCCAACUCUGCGCCGAGCCCUCAGAGCCGAGCUCCGGCCAAGAGCCAGUCCGUGGACUGCGCCCCGCUCUCCCUGAACGACUGUCCUCCUAUAGCUCCUCUUCCGUCUGUCGUUAAAGCACACAUCCAGGACUCGGAGGCCCCCGCGCCCCUAGAGGAGCCCCCGGUGGUGGUGGCCGAACCGGCCCGGCCGCGCCCCUCCACCGUCACGGUCAUCCACACUGGGACUAAAUGACGCCAGGUUCCGCGGGAGGUGAGCUGGGAGACCACCGAGCUUUGAGGCCGCCGUCGGGGGCCGAGAGGGGAAGGGGUCUCAUGAUGCGACGUGGUUGCCCAGUUUUGCCCAUCCCGCCGCCUCCCAUCUGUUAACGCCGAACCCGGGAGGAGGAAUUUGAGGAGCGCUGCCUCGGCCUCGUUUAGCAGGGCUCAGCGCGACACCCACCUCUUCCCCUUCACAUCGUCACGCAGACCUGGAAGCUCAGAGAGGUGGGGGGGGGGGGGGGGGGAGCGGAGACUCACCUGAAGCUGCUGUCGUGUUGGAGACCACAGGUUUGCCCGGCAGGCGAACGGGCGGCUGCUGUGGGAGGACCAGGACUGAUUGGAUCUCUCUCUAGGAGCGGCCGCCUGUCUCGAUCGUGAAAGGCCGCUCCGCUGUAUGCCUUGUGUAAAUAUCCCGCCUGCGACCGUCCUGUAGAGUCAUGUCAUUCAGGUGAAACGUGCGCUUCAAGCCGUGGUGAAUACUCGUGCCAUCAUCUGCACUUUGAACUUCCUGUUAUGCGGGCGGCUCCCGUCCUUUCCGCUGUGGUGUUUGCUGUGACGGCUCACGGCAUCAUAACUUCCAACAGUAUGGCUGUCAGUGUUGUGUCUUUGCUUUUUUUGUUUUUUUGUUUGUUUUUUUGGCACGGUAACAAUCAGAGCAGGACGAUGUGCAACGGUCAUGGCUGUGAUCCGAGAGAGAGAGAGAGAUAGAGAGAGCACAAAUUACCGAUUUAUCUUUUUGGAAUAUUUAUUUUCUUAUAAUAUAUGACUUUUUUUGUAAGAAUAUAAUUUGCUGAGAUGUGUAAAUGUUUAUUAAAACUGGACUUGAAGUCGUUUGCCACGUGAGUACAGUACCCGAUAGAUGUGACGAUUUGCAAUCUGCCGUUUUUAUUAGGCGCGUUUCGAUGUGACCGUAGAGUCCUCCUUUAUCCACAGGAGGGCGCUUUGUGAGUUCUCAGGGAUCUGCAGGGAUGUGUGCUUGAAUCUAACCAAACGCCUCUGUGUGAUCAUUCACAACUGACUCAUCCGACAUAUUCAGAAAGAUUGUGGAAAAAAAACAAAAAAAACAACAUCAACGACAUCCGAAUCCUGCUAUUUAUCCCCGUGUGCCACAGGGAUAGAUGUUUACUUCCUGACACUAUGUUUCUUCUCGGUAAGCCUCGAAUGGGCCGGGAUGUGGAGAACAACCGGUCGUGUGUCCAUUCCUGACCGCAGUGGCAUACGGGCGCGAAGGUAUUCUGGUAGGUUUUGCUCCCAUUGCAGAGUCGGAUGAGUGUACAGUGGUGCAGUUGAAGUGUCGUGCUCUGCUUCCGCUCCUGAAGUGGCUGCUCUGAGACCAGCCCAGCCUCUCCGUGUUUAAUCACUGUGCUUUCAUACCAGCCUGUUGAAUUUAGCAGAAAGACUCUUUGUCCUCCCCCCCCCCCCCCCCCACUCCUGCUCUGUCGCUCUCUAAAGACUGCCUCUCACAGAGAAGGGAAUGGGUCCGUCUUUGUAUUUUCUCUGUGCUUUCUCUACUUAACUUUAAUCACUCAACAUGAAUGUGGGAUUUAAAAAAAAAAAAAGAAAGAAAGAAGAAACGAAACAAGUGCAUGGCCAGUAUCUAAGGUUUUGCCACCUUUUAAUCAGAAAAUGUGGUGAAUUUCAAAGAUUUUGGAAGUCUACUUACUGUAAAUACAAAAACUCUACAACAUUC